AUGGCUUCCACCAACAACAAUAACAGAAUUUCUUCACGUAACAUUGUGAAAAUUUUCCUUUGUUUCUUAGCGGUUGCUCUUUUAUAUCACCUCCUUUAUCACUCUUCUUACCCUCUCCAAUUUUUUCCUAAUUAUAAACCUGUUUCCUCAUUGGCUUUCGACUCAAACUAUGUAAACACAAAUCCGUCAUCAAAUGGCUCCACGGCUGGAAAUUUGCCUCAUCACUACAAUGAUAGUACUGCCAAUGUUUCUGCACAAGGAUCAAAAUUAAAAAAUCACUACCAGAUUUGUGUAUAUUUUCAGGAGAAGAAGAAGCAAAAAAGCAAGUUAAAUAAAGUGUUAGAGAAAGCAGCAAUGGGAGACAAAACAGUGAUAAUAACAGCUCUAAAUGCAGCAUGGACAGAGCCAAACUCCAUAUUUGAUAUUUUCUUGAAAAGCUUUAGAGUUGGAAACCAAACAAAACCACUUUUGAAACAUGUAUUAGUUGCAGCAUUGGACCAAACUGCAUAUACUCGUUGUUUGGAGAAACAACUUCAUUGCUAUGCACUCACUACAAAAGGUGUUGAUUUCUCUGGUGAGGCUCUUUAUAUGAGUGAGGAUUAUUUCAAGAUUACGUGGAGGAAAAUUUAUUUUCAGCGUAUUGUUCUUGAGAUGGGAUAUAACUUCAUUUUCACGGAUGCUGAUAUAUUGUGGUUUCGACAACCAUUUGCACAUUUUUAUCCGGACACCGAUCUCCAAAUUUCUUGUGAUCAUUACUCGCACGACUAUAUGGAUUUGAACAAUUCACCAAAUUCCGGUUUUAAUUAUGUCAAAUCAAAUCAACGUACCAUCAAAUUUUAUAAAUUUUGGUACAAUGCAAGAAAGGCUCAUCCAGGAAAACACGAUCAGGACGUGCUUAACAUGAUUAAAUUCAACCCAUUCAUCAAAGAUAUUGGAUUGAAAAUAAGGUUUUUGGACACAGCUCUAUUUGGGGGAUUUUGUGAGCCUAGUAAAGAUCUCAAUCUUGUUUGCACAAUGCAUGCAAAUUGUUGUAUAGGAGUAUGGCCUAAAGUGCAUGACCUAACUAUGGCGCUUGAUGAUUGGGAAAAGUAUAUGGCUUUACCAGGUGAUGAAAGGAUGUUAAUGCCACAAACUUGGACUCCCAAGAAUCUGUAG